AUGAAAUUUGUCCUGGCCCGUCUUCGGCCCUGUUCCGUCCCGAACAGAUCAUCAAUGGUAAAGAAGAUGCGGCUAACAAUUACGCACGAGGACACUACACCAUCGGAAAAAAACUCAUAGACGUUGUUCUCGAAAAAAUCAAAGAGCAGGCGGAGAACUGCAUGGGUUUGCAAGGUUUUA